CAGCAGCGGUACUCGAUGAGUCGGACGCCUCAUGAUGUUGCUGGUGCACUUGCUGAUGGGCGCGCUCGCGGUGAGCGCGGUGGCGGCGCGGUGACGGGCGCGGUGGCGGGCGCGGGUAGAGACGAGAGCAGCGCCGCGUACUGGCACGCCGAGGCGCAGGCCGGCAUCGCCGCGCGCUGGCGGCCGCCCGCCGAACGAGCGCGUAACGUCAUCAUGUUCCUGGGCGACGGCAUGUCCGUGCCGACGCUCGCGGCCGCGCGCACGCUGCUCGGACAGCGCCAAGGUGCCACUGGCGAAGAGGCCAAGUUAACUUUUGAAACGUUCCCUACUGCUGGUUUAGUCAAGACAUAUUGUGUGAAUGCACAAGUGGCGGACUCGGCAUGUACAGCAACCGCGUACCUGUGCGGCGCCAAGGCCAACCAGGGCACGCUGGGCUUGAGCGCUGCGGUGCCGCGCUGGGACUGCGACGCCUCCACUGACACCUCGCAACACGUCGAAUCCAUCGCUGAGUGGGCGCUUGCAGACGGUCGAGAUGCGGGUAUCGUGACAACGACGCGCAUCACGCACGCGUCGCCGGCCGGCACGUUCGCCAAGGCGGCCAACCGGCACUGGGAGAACGACGCCGAGGUGCGCCAGGCGGGCCACGACCCGCAGCGCUGCCCCGACAUCGCGCACCAGCUCGUGCACAACUACCCCGGCAACCAGUUCAAGGUCAUUUUAGGUGGAGGAAGGCGCGAAUUCAUUCCCACUUCAUCCAUAGACGAAGAGGGACGAUCCGGUAGGAGGACAGAUGGCCGCAAUUUAAUCGAAGAAUGGCAACGCGAUAAGGUUUCACGAAACGUCAGUCACCGAUAUAUCUGGAACCGCGAUCAGUUGAUGGACUCAUACUCAUCACCACCUCAAUAUUUGCUGGGAUUGUUCGAGAAUAAUCACCUGCAGUACCAUUUGCAAGCUAACUCUUCAACUGAACCCACUCUCGCUGAACUAACAGAGGUGGCGAUUCGAUCAUUAAGACGCAAUGAGAAGGGAUUCUUCCUGUUCGUGGAGGGGGGGCGCAUCGACCACGCGCACCAUGACAACCUGGUGGAGCUUGCACUCGACGAGACGCUGGAGAUGGACAAGGCCGUGGCCACCGCCACGAAGAUGCUCUCAGAGGACGACUCGCUCAUCGUGGUCACUGCCGACCACGCACACGUCAUGACCAUCAAUGGCUACUCCGGCCGCGGUAAUGACAUCCUCGGGCCCUCCAGGGAGGUGGGACGUGACGGAGUACCCUACAUGACACUAUCCUACGCCAAUGGACCCGGAUUCCGUCCGCACGUGAAUGGAACAAGACAAAAUGUUACUGCUGAACCAAACUACCGCAAUCUGGACUGGAAGACGCACGUGGACGUGCCGCUGGAGGACGAGACGCACGGCGGCGACGACGUGGCCGUGUUCGCGCGCGGGCCGCACCACUCCAUGUUCACGGGGCUGUACGAGCAGAGCCAGCUGCCGCACCUCAUGGCCUACGCCGCCUGCAUCGGCCCCGGCCGGCACGCCUGCGCCAGCGUCAGUGCAGCGCAACUCACCACUUCACCGCGCACAUUCACCGUUACUGUAACAAUCUUCCUUGUGAUUGCUUUCAGACGGCCUAAAGACUUAUAAAUAAAUAAAGAUCUGAUUAAGCA